UUUUUUCAGAAAAUAUGUCCAGACCUGGGAGUCCAAGCCCUACUCCCAGUGUGGGGUUAAUGUUGCCCCCCCUAUCCUCUCCUCCGGGUAGAGGGGGUCUGAUGCCCCCUCGCCUCCCCUCCAACCUUAUAGUUCCCACUGCUGGAUCUCUUAGUGUGCCGAAUCCUGGCGGUCUGUUCCCGCUUCCAAACUCUCAGCAGCUAGCUUCAGGCUCCGCUACAGGUAUUCCACGAAACAAAGUUGCUCUGCAGAAGGGAUUCUCUAUAAUGGAUUGGGUGCGGCUUACAAAGUCUGGAAAGGAUUUAACAGGUGUUGGAGGGCCUCGAGUUAAUGGAAAAAUACGGGAAGUAACACGAGAAGAGCUUGCAAAACAUAAAACUAGGAAGGACUCGUGGAUGGCCCUGAACGGCGCUGUGUACAAUGUAACGGCGUACAUGAAUUUCCAUCCAGGUGGUUGGGACGAACUAGUGAAGGGAGCUGGUAUAGACGCAACAGAUUUAUUUAAUGAGGUUCACAGGUGGGUGAACUAUGAUUCAAUGUUAUCAUCAUGUCUUGUUGGUAAACUGGUUGAAGGUCCGGCCCCUCAUCUUGCUCCCCCUGUCCCUCCUAUUCUUCUUGAUGAAGAUCAAACAGAUAAUCCUUCACCAAUAUCAGGAAACUCAAGAUUUUUCAAAAUGUUUACCUCUUUUUGUUCCUCUAUACCAGUGAUACCACCGAUUGCUGUACGACCUGUUCCCACCUAUGAUUUCUUUCAGACUGAUAACAAAUUGACGAUAAAUAUCUACACAAGAAGGAAAGGUUUGACCAAAGAAAACUUUAUUGUAGAUAAUUUUCUUCAUUCUGUAAGGAUUGUUUGUUUGUUUCCUGAUAAAACCGGUUUUAUGUUUCACCAUGAACUCAGCGACAG